UCAUACAUUGUUAUUCAUCAGGGCGAUAAUCACAGGGCAUUAGCCCUAGCCUUUUAUGUAGACAGGGAUACUGCACGGAACACAGGAAGGCUGGUUCAUUGACCGUUUUAAAAGAGUGGGUUCGCCACUGGGUAAUUGAUCGUAAACUGACAAUCAUGCUACUACGUACAUCUGUUUAGGGGAGUAUCCUGUCGAGGGGUUGUGGGUGGUAAAAGCCGGUCUUCAGAAGUGAUAAGGUCGUGCUACGGUAAGGAGGUGCGGAUCAGGGGCUCUCUGUAUUCAACUUGUUCAUCACGCAUUAUUGCUAUAUCUCUGCCUUUCUGGAACGCCUAUUAGGAGAGUUGGCCACUCGCAUUGGGAUUGGACUUGCGGAUCUUUAACAGUUUGUUUUGCGGGGUAAUACCCAGGGUCUUUAACAGGUGCAGUGGUGUGGAAUAUACCUGGAGAUUUCUCUGUCAUCAGAAGAAGAAAAACAUAUACCUCAUUAUUCAGAUCCACUGUAUACUUCGAAGUUUGAAGAUCGUUAUUGAUACUAAAUGACAAUAACUUAUUCAAAAACAGUUUCAAGCAUUGCCGAUCAGCCUUUGUUUGAAUAUAAGCAGAAUAACUCUGAGAAGAACAUAUUUGUGCAACACGCGGACACAUUAAUCAUCUGAAGAAGCACGUGCAAUGCCAUUUUAUCAUCAUUUCAAUGGCCUUUGAAAUCAAUUUGACGGUUUGAAUUGAGUCUGCCCUUGAUUGUUCCUGAAUUUAUUUUCGACAGCUUCCACAGUUUGACGAUCAAACUUCUUGAAGAUGUUGCCAGCAAGCGUCGGCCGGACAUCGGCCUGCCGUAUGGCGUCAAUGGCACAACAGAUCCUGCACAGACAUGUCGGUACAAUGGUCACGUCAGAACAUCUGGAAGACGCCAAGCCCUACGAUGAGAUCCCAGGUCCCAAAGGAGUACCUUUCUUCGGCUCACUCUUCGACUACACUGGUUUGGGCCCUUACAAAUUAGACAAACUGCAUGAAGCCACCGUGGACAGAUUCCGUAACUUUGGCCCCAUCUUCAAGGAAACCCUGGCCGGUGUCACCCACGUCCACAUUAUCGACCCCACCGACGUCCGGGAGCUGUUCAGAAACGAGGGGAGGAGUCCGAAGAGGACACCAAUAGAUGCCAUGGUCAAAUAUAGGAGGACACGGAAAAGACACAUCGGCAUGGCAAACACAGAAGGCGAGGAGUGGCAGAGGCUUCGCAAACCUGUCCAGCAUCUUCUGAUGAAGCCUCAGAGUGUGUACGCCUAUAUUCCCAUCAUGGAAGAGUGUGCAGACGACUUCGUAACACUGAUGAAGGAAACGCAAGACAUCGAAUCGCAAGAAGUACCGGAAUUCAACCACAAAAUGCAGAGGUGGACGCUAGAAUCCGUAUGUGCCAUCGUCUUUGACACGAGGAUGGGGUGCCUGAACACCGGGCUUGAUAACAACCCUGAGGCCUUAGAUAUGAUCGUCUCGGUGUCCAACUUCUUUGACAGUCUCAAAGACCUUACCUUCAGCUUUCCCUUCUGGAAGUUCGGCAUCACCACCAAGGCAUGGACAAAGUUCACCGAAGCACAGGACUACUUUUUCGGAAUGUCGAAAAAGUAUGCCACAAUAGCACUAGAUAGGAUGAAGUCAGCUGUCGGGACUAGUACUCAAUCAGAAUCAGAGGGAACCUUCCUCGAAUGCCUCCUAGCCAGGAGAGACUUUGAUAUUGAUAGCCUGUGCGACCUCAUGAACGACCUCAUGAUCGCAGCAGUUGAAACGACGGCGAGUACCUUGGCUUUCAACUUGUACUGCUUAGCUAAGAACCCAGAGGUCCAAGAGAGGGUGUUUCAAGAGAUUAACCAAGCCAUCCCACCAGGAACAAAGAUCACGGCUCAGUCGUUACAGAAUCUUCCAUACCUCAAGGCCUGCAUCAAAGAAACUGUCAGGGUCUUCCCAACUGUUGAUGGAACAAACAGGAUACCAUCAAGAGAGAUCGCUCUUGCUGGCUACAGAAUCCCUCCUGAUACCAUUGUGAGGAUUCACUGCAUUGCGGGUCUCAUGGAAGAGUACUUCCCCUCACCAGAGAAGUUCAAACCAGAGAGAUGGCUGAGAGGCGAUGCAGAGUGUGAGAACAUUGACCCGUAUCUCAUCCUUCCCUUCGGUUAUGGUUCCAGGAUGUGCACGGGCAGGCGGAUGGCCGAACAGGACCUUUACAUCAUGCUGAUCAAGAUCGUUCAGAACUUCAAGAUUGAGUGGCACCAUGAGGAAGACAUGGAACUUAUCUUCAGACUCACCAACGUUCCUGACAGGCCUGCACAGUUCAGAUUCGUUAGUCGGACAUGAUAUUCUCCAUU